GUCUCAAGAAGCCUUUCAAUUUGGGUAUUGUUUGUGGUUGUGUGUGUUUCCCACUAGUCCCAAAAAGCCUUCCAAUUUUCAGGGCUCUGUUUUCCAUGCGGCCAAAAAAGCUCCAAAACCCAGACCCUUCUCUCUCGUUUCCUUUUCUCUCUAGCAGCUCCUCUCUCUCUCUCUCUCUCCGAAGAACUAGCUGAGGAUGUCCAGUAGUAGUCUCUGAGCUCUGCUUGGUGGUCCUUGCUCUCUCUCUCUCUCUCUCUCUCUCUGGUUAAAGCAAUGGCUGAAGACAUCUGCUUCCUCACCAAGGAAAGUUUGAUCAUAAAGCCUCCCAAGAAAUCUCCUUUGUUAUGGAGGAUGACAGUCCUAGUGUUUGCGACUGUCUUCGGCGUUUAUAUCUGCUCAAUAUGUCUAAAGCAGAUAAGCAUCCAAACCAUGAUUAGACUUCAAAGCAUCAAAAUCAUCGAAGGGCCUUUGCACAAUAUCAAACUAAUAGAAAAUUCUUAUAAGCAUUACCCGAUGCCCAAAACUUUUAGCAGGGCCGAAUGUGCACGCAAUCCUGUAAGGUUCUUUGCAAUCUUGUCGAUGCAGAGAUCGGGGAGUGGAUGGUUUGAGAGCUUGUUAAAUAGUCAUAAAAAUGUUAGUUCUAAUGGGGAGAUAUUCUCGGUUAGGAAUAGGAGGGAAAGUAUAUCUUCAAUUGUACAGACUCUGGAUAAAGUUUACAGUUUGGACUGGUACAGUAGUGCUUCGAAGAAUGAGUGCUCUGCUGCAACUGGCUUCAAGUGGAUGCUUAAUCAGGGUUUAAUGGAGCACCACAGUGAAAUUGUACAAUACUUCAAUCGUAGGGGGGUCUCUGCAAUAUUUCUCUUUCGAAGAAAUUUGUUGCGCAGAUUGGUUUCAGUUCUUGCUAAUUCCUAUGAUCGAUAUGCUAAGCUAUUGAAUGGAACCCACAAGUCACAUGUACAUUCAGAACAAGAGGCUGAUACACUAGCAAAGUACAAGCCUACUAUCAAUUGUACAAACUUGAUUACUGAUCUUAAGGAAAUGGAGAUGGCAACUGCAAAAGCUUUGGAGUACUUUAAUAGCACCAGGCACAUGAUUGUGUACUACGAAGAUAUUAAUCGCAGUAAACUUAAAGUUGUUCAAGAGUUUCUCGGCCUGCCACGAAUGAAAUUGACCAGCCGUCAGGUAAAGAUACAUAACGGAUCAUUGUCUGACCAUAUCAAGAACUGGGAGGAUGUGCAGAAGACGCUUAUGGGAACACCUUAUGAAGAAUUUCUCCGUUCGGACUAUUAAGGGUAGUCCUCCGCUAACUUUUUGAAACUGGUGUAAAUACCGACUCCUGAUAUUCUUACCCCAAAAGCCAGAGAAAUUAUCUUGGGCAACCAAGAUAUGAUCUCUGUGGCACCACUCGUCCAACGGAUGCUUGCCACGUGUUCAAAAAGCGAACUACUCGACCAAUAGACGCUUGCUUUAAAAGUUUUUGGCUGCCACGAUGGCUGUGUUUUGAUCCUUCAUGUGAUCAUCAACACUCCGUUGAUGUGUCUAUACCUUCUUUUUUGUUGUUUUAACCAGACAGGCGCAUUGUGUAUGUCAGCUAAACAAUGAGAUGCAUAAGCAAUUUUUUAAUUUAAUUUUCUUUCGAUUUCUGGCUUUUUAA